AUGUCGAAAAUAUCAUCUCUAUUUCAAUCACUAUUUCAUCCAUCCGAAAUUAGCGCUCUUAUCCGAUUUAUAUUUUACAAGCCUAAAAAUAUACUUGAAAUUAAACCAGAAAACAAGCAAAAGAUAC